AUGGAGCCGUGGAUGAGCUGGGCCGUAUUCCUGGCCAUUGGAGGCGCUGUCUACUGGUACUACAUGCACCAAGGCAACACCGCCGAUGUGCGAGGACGAUCAACCACGGGCAAGUCCACAACGUCGUCGCUCAAAGAAGCGGUCAACUGGGACAGCUCGGAGAAGAAGCCCAAGGCCGCAAAGAAGACUACCAAGGCGCCCCGCAAGUCUGUCAAGACGGCUGUUCAGGAUGCUGGAAACAAGGCUGCCGAUACCCUGAAGCAAGCCGCGCCCAAGCAAGCUGCCGAUGAGGAGGUCGCACCACCCGCCGCCUACACAAACAAGGCCCCAAGCGGCAAGGAUGUCUCUGAUAUGCUCGGCGAGCGACCCGUCUCCCCCGCCGUCAUGAGCAUCAAGCCCUCGGAGAAGCCAGCCAAGUCAGUCAAGGCGCAGACACAAAAGGCAGAGGUUGCGACCGAGUCCAAGAAGCAGCGCCAGAACAGGAAGAAGGCCGAAGAGGCCAAGGCCGCGCGCGAGGAGGAGGAGAAGGCGCGCAAGGCUCUCGAGGAGAAGCAGCGUCGUGUCGCUCGUGAGGCUCGCGGUGAGCCCGCCAAGAACGGUCUUGGUCAGAGCAAGCCCCCUGCCUCGAACGCCUGGACCGAGGUGUCUUCCAAGGCAUCUCGCGGCGCCGUCCAGCCUCCCAAGCCUGCUCCGACUGGCCAGCUACUUGACACCUUUGAGGCUCCCGCUCAGACCGCUACUGCGACCACUGCCCCCACCAACGGCGCUGCCAAGGCUUCCGCUCCCCUCAACAGCCUCCCUUCGGAGGAAGAGCAGAUGAGACUGGCCAUGGAAGACUCCGCCUGGACCACGGUCCCCAAGGGUGGUAAGACCAAGCGCAAGACGGUGAACGAGGAACUGGCCGAAGAGCUUAGCAACGUCACUGAGACGAAGCCACAACACUCCGCCAAGCCAGUCAGGCCGACUGAGGUCAUCAAGGAAAACAAAAACCCCAGCUCCAGGUACCAGAUCCUUGCUGAGGAGUUCAACCCCAAGACUGGCGAUGACGCCGAUGACUGGGCUGUCAUGUGA